AUGUCAUCAGACCCAGCCUUGGCCGCGGCCAACAGCCUGCGUACCAAACAAAAGCCCCUUAAGGAUAAGUAUCGAUCCGAUCCUUCUUCCGCCCUUGUCACCCUCAGCUCCUCGGGAACCCUCGAUCCCACCUCGACAAGCCUUACAUGCUCGUUGUCCGCAGGCACCGCGGCAAGGAAAUUAGCUGGGCUACAUAAAGCCGCGGGAGGUGCAGGAUUUGAUGCUUCGGGUGAACUGUGCUCUGGGGAUAUGCUACUCGAGUCGUUGGUGGCUUGUUUUGGAGUCACGGUGCGGGCCGUGGCUACGAGCUUGGGUGUCCCCAUCAAGAAUGGCACCAUAACAGCCGCGGCGGACCUGGAUUUCAGGGGCACAAUGGGCAUCAAAGAUCCGGACGGGAAUGCUGUUCCAGUAGGAUUUACGAAGAUCAAGCUCAGCGUGAAGAUUGACGUGGAUGAAGAACAUGAGUCCAAGGUGAAGAAACUCAUUGAACUGAGCGAAAGGUACUGUGUGGUAUUGCAGACCUUGAAGGCAGGAGUGCCAAUUGAGACAAGCCUAGGCCACAUCGAUGAGAAGGACGGUGAUGACGGUGCUUAUGGAGGAAAUGCCACAGGCGCUCCCGGAAUACCAAACGAGAGUGUCUUGAGGGUCAAUUGA